AUGAAGUAUUUAUUAUGUAUAGAUGGAUCACCUUCAGGAAGGAAGGCAGCUGAUAAGGCUCUGUCAAUGGUUACCCCUGAUGACUCUUUGAUAUUCCUAUCUGUAUACCCUCCAACACCUUUAAAUUCCGUUGAACCAAGUUCGACAACAUUGUCUAGGAUGAUGUUGGAGAUGUUCUCUGGUGUACCAGACCUGGUCGAUGCCAAAGAGGAUCAGAUCAAACAGAUAAAGAGAGCAAACAAGAGGAAGUCAAUAGCAGUUCAGGAGUUACAGCAUUACAAGCAAACACAUGUCAAAUGUCAGGAUAUCAAGUACCUGCUAGUGGCAUCCAAUGAGAUCUCUGAUGCAAUCACAAAUGUUGCCGAGAAAUAUGGUGCUGACACUGUUGUCCUGGGCUCACGUGGAUUGGGAUCGAUCAAACGCAUGCUGUUAGGAUCAGUUAGCUCACAGGUGUUGCAAAUGUCACACUGCUCCGUACUCAUUGUCCGA